UUUUUUGCUGUCAUUAAUUAACCAAGUAUUUGUUGUAGUUUUUUGUGGUAUUUUAUUUUAAACAUAUAAGUAUAAAUAUAAAAGCUAAUAGUAAAAAUUUAGCUAUUAAUAAUUUUUAGAAAAAAGAAAACAUUUUAAACAAUAAAAUUGGCAUAAUGGAUGUCUACACAUUUGACAAGAGUCUUCAAGAACGUCUUGUUGAGUUUACUGAAAUUCUAUCAAGCAAAGAAUCAAGUGUAUCUGAUCACAUGCGAGUUGUUCCAUCAUCACAAAUUAAAUCAGAAUGGUCAUUUCUUUUGGAAUUAGUUAUUGAACCAGUUGGUUGGCAAGCAUUAUGGAAAAUUCCACGUUUAACAUGUCAAGAUUUACAUGUACAUUAUCCAACAGUUGUUGUUGUACAAGUUGAACAAGUUGAUCCAACAGAAUUAUCAGCAUUAUGUAAAAUAAUUGCUGUACAAGAUGAAAUUCAUUUACCUGAAAAAUAUGAUGUACCAUUAAUUGAAUUAUAUCCAACAUUAAAUCAAGAAAAUUCUGUUCUAGAUAUGAUUGGUACAUCAACUUAUAUUGAUCAAUUGAGAUUUUUUUAUAAUAAUUUAUGGAUGCCUUGGGAUUGUGAUGAUGAUGAUAAUGUUGAUUGGGUACAGUUACAUUUAGAAACAAGAUUACGUUUAUUUUUUGAUAUGAAACGUGGAAUUGUUAACAAGGACACUUGUGAUAUUAUCAGAACAUUAAUCAGGGAGGCCAAAGAUAUUCAUACUAAAAUAACUCGUCUUGAAAUUGAUUUUUCUGAUGAUGAUAAUGAUGAUGAAGAUGACGAACAAGAAACAAAAUGUCUUGUUGAUGAAGACAAAGCAUGUCAGCUAAUGAAAUUACAUCUUCGUAUGCAAAAAAUUAAAACUGAAAUAGAUGUUUUAGAAAAUCCAGUAAUGCGUAAUUUAUUACAAAGAAAUCCAGAUUUAAAUAAUAAAAAUAUUGCUGCUAAAAGACGAGAAAGUAGAGGAAGAAAAUUAGAAGCAUUUUUUGUAUGGCAUGGUGGUUCACUUGAAGAGACAAUUAAUUGUCUUAAUAAAAUUACAGAAUUUUUACCCAAGGAUAUAUUUACCAAAACAAGUUCAUGUUUACAAGAGGCACUGGAUGCAUCACAGGCUGGAGAUAAAAUAAUUAUUGGUGAAGGAGAACAUCAAAUAAGACGUGCAGGUGGUCUCGAAGAGGGUGGAACUAUCAGAGGAUUGUCUGAUUGUCAAUCGACUGUUUUAUGUGCCAAGGAUUCAGCUACAGGUGUUUCAUUACUUGAUUUUUCUGGUGGUGAGGUUUCAUUGGAAAAUGUAAGUGUUGAUUUGGGAGAAUUACAAGCUGGAAUACUUGUUAGAAAAGGAAUUGUUAAAAUAUCUGGAUGUAAAAUAUUUGCUUCAAAUGAAAGUAUUGUUAAACUUGGAAUAAUUGUACUACCUGAGGCAAAAUUAAUUGUUGAAAAUUCAUCAUUUUAUGGUCUUGGAACAGCUAUUUUUGUUCAUCCUACUGGUGAAUGUGUCUUGAAUAAUUGCCAAUUUGAAAAUUGUGUUGAUGGAAUUCAGCUACAAGAUGAAUCAAGAUGUGAUGCAUCUGGCUGUAAAUUUCUAGACAUCAAAGAAUAUGGAAUUCGUUUUGAGUCUGACAAAGAAUUUUCAAGUGCUGAGCAUAAAAUAGGAGGAUGUGAAAUUUUAAAUAAUAUUAAAGAUGUUUCUUUUAAUAAUUGUGAUUUUAAAAAUAUUGGAAAAAACAAUGUUACUAUUAAAUUGAAACAACCUGAUACAUUGCCAGUCAAACAAGACAAUGCAAUGGACACGGCAUAGAUAUUUCCUCUUUUUUUUUUUUUUUACUUU